AUGAAGAGAACUUGUGUGUGCUAGCUGAGACGGGCAUUCAGAUCCUUGUCUUAAAUCCUUCCCUCUCCAAACUUCAGCCCGGAAGGACAUUCUGGACUGGUUUUUGCAGUGUGGUGUUGUUGCUCUCGGACAUCCUACAUUGAUGAACUCUGUGUAGCUGUUAGGCCUUGGAGUUGGGGGCGGGGAAUGAAUAAUCAAUACCUGGCUUGUUGAUUUUGCUUCUAAGUUCAGGAGUCUUCUGUAUCUUCUACUGCUGCAGUCACCCUUUUGGCAGUUCCAGACACUCACUAGCUGCUCCAUCCUGUGCUCAACAACUUCUGCUAACUGCUGCAAAAGAAUAUCUGACCUCUUUUCUCUGCAGGAUUUCAGCUGAUGCAAAAGUGGGGAGAAUAAAACAGUCCCUGCACCCCCGGUAAAGCCUACCCACAUGCUUUGAGUUGGGGCACAAGGCACCUAUGUAGUAAACUGGAAACACAAAUUAAAACAGCUAUAUGGUCUUUUUAUUACACAUUACACAUAUUAAACAUGUAGAUGGAGAUCUAUCUAGACUUUAACAAAGAAAACAGGAACAUAAAAUACAGGCAACUUUGGGUGCUUACCCAAGUUACUACUUUGUUUCUCUGCUGGUUGUCUUCCAAGUGAGUUUGUCAUCCUAGUGGAAAUCAAAAGUUGGGCAAGAACAAAAAUCUUUCCGUAAUCACUCUGGUGCAUUACUUUCUGUGGUGGUCUCUGGUGAGUUCAUGUAGGCUGUUACAUCACACAUGCGGAGUGUGCUUCUGUGAUGUCAGUUUAUGCUGCCUGAAUAUUGUAAUAUACUUAUGAUACACAGGGGGAUCUAUACUUGGAGAGGCUUUAAUGACACAAGGGGAAUGUCUAGGGGAGUGAAGAAUUACUACCAGGUCUAGACCCCUGUCCUUGCAAAGAUUCCAAGCUUUUUUGAAGAGGCAAGUCCCAAGAACUUUUCCUGGUCAGGAGCCACUUCAUUGCCAUGCCUUCCUUGCCCCUGCAGACCUUCAGUGUCCAGCUCCAUCUAGCUGAAACUGAGAUCUUUUCACUGCCUCAAUGCCAAAACAACUUUACUCUGAGGAAGCUUAAGUCCCAUUUAGAGUUGUUGGCUGGGAUCCCUCUUCAUUUCCAGCGCCUUCAGUACCUGGAUGAAGCAGAUCUGCCAGAUGAGUCUAUGUUUGAGGACAAUGACAUUGUCCCUGGUGGAAGGAUUACAAUGCGCAUCUGGCGACAAGAUCGCUGGGGGCAUCUUGUGGCAGCUGCUGCAAAAGGAGAUACUAUGAAGCUAGCCCAUCUGGGAGUUACAGCGGACUUUGCGGGCACCAUGCCAUAUGCAGAGUUACUGGGACCAGAGCAGAAAAAGGAAUGGGUAGCUCAGCGAGCUUUUGUGGCACUGUUUGUUGCCAGCCACAGAGGUCAUGUUGAAACUGCCAAGUUUCUCCUGAGACAUGGUGCGGAUUUGCAUUCCAAAACCCCCCUAGGAAGGACUGCCCUUCACAUCGCUGCUGUCCUGGUCGCAGGCCAGUGCGACUGCAUCGAACUGCUCCUAAGCUAUGGGGCAAGAGCUCUUGGCCCGGACAGCGAAGGACAAACGGCGGUGAGCCUUGCCCGCCUGUGGGGCCAGAAGCAGAGUGAACGCACCAUAGUUCGCUUCCAGUGGAGGAAGAGAUCCCCGGGCGCUGUGCCACCCUCUGGCGCUGUGAAUCGGGCCUUGCAGCAGAUGUCUGGUCCCAUGUCCUAAAAUACAGACGGACUAACUUGGUUCUGGCAAAUUUCGAGGGACAGUCAGUAAUUUUCCCAGAGACCCACACUUCAGAUACAGGUCACUGGGUGGGAUUUGUAGGUUUCAGUUAUGAAAUAAGCUCAUGUGCUGGUGAUGCUGCAGCUAAGAUGACAACUAACUUGACAGCACAGCUCUCAAACAAACUUUUAAUUUGUAGCUUAAGUAUUUAUAACGUUGUUUCCUAGCCAAACUGGCCGUUUAGUUAAUAUGGGUUGUAAGAGAGCUUGAGCCUGUCUGCAAGUUCUCUUUGGAAUGCUAGCAAGGAUAAUUUCCUAAUAGUUGGCAACAGACCAGGACGAUACAGUUUAAUGGGUAUUUCAGGGGACUGGAAAUCCCUAGAUCUUUAAUCCUGUUCUGGCCCUGGCUGGCUUUAUUGCCUCUGGCAGAUCAGUUAAGGGUUAUUUUAUAAGUAGGGCAGUUUGUCUGCCAUGGGAGAGUGCAGGCAAAGUUGAUGGCGUGUAAGUGGCUAAUUAUCAUUGUCCAGUGCUUGCUUAGUGUCUCCCAACAUUUUCAGCCUUGGAGCUUUGAAGUUUGGGGUUUCCUGAAGCCAGUGAUGGAGUGAAGGGACUUGCUUGCCCAUCUGCGUUCAAAGUUUCUUAGUAUCCCAGAUUCCUUAGAUACUUUAAAAAUAAAAAUACUACUUACGGUCUCUCUAUGAUCAGUAGAAGGAAGCUGAGCUUCUCCUCUGUUUCCUGAGGUGUUACUAAGAACUCAGUGCUCAAUGUUGAGGAGUUUCUAUUGUUUUGCUUGAAGAGACAUUUUUCCAAAGAACUUGGCACUUAACUUUCAAUUAACCACCGGAAGAGGUGGUUCUCAGUGGGAGCUGAGCACUCCUGAGAACUUGGCCCACUGCCUUUUUGCUUGCAAAGCCCCAUGCAUAGGGAGACUCUACAAAUAACUAACCUGAGUUGUUCAUGUUUCCUUGUGUCAGAGCAUUUUCUUUAACUGAUACCAGGAUUGCUACAUAAAUAUCCAGGUAAUUAGUGAA